CUCUCAUCUUCUGCAUUUCUUUUUAGAAUAUAAGCCAUUGUCAAGUUCACUAAUUAUUAGAAAAUCACAUUGUGGUUUUGUUUUUCUGGAAAUGGGUUUUUGCCCUUGUUUCGGUUUUUCUAAAAGCAAGAAGGUGAAAAGCGAUCAUAUCAAGAAACAGCCAUCUUAUGAACAAAGAUUGGGAACAGUAUCGAAAAAGAGUGUUGAUUCCAGAUUUAAAUCAGCUGUUGUAAAAGAUGGACCCAGUGCUCAUUUCUCUGCGACAUUCACCUAUGAAGAACUUUCAUUUGCAACAAACAAUUUUAGGUCUGAAUCUUUAAUUGGAAGAGGUGGAUUUGGUGCUGUAUUUAAAGGAAAAUUAGAAAGCACUGGUCAGGUUGUAGCUGUUAAACAGCUAGAUCCAUCAGGUAUCCAAGGCGACAAGGAGUUUCUGGUGGAGGUUCUCAUGCUCUCCCUACUGCAUCACCCUAACCUUGUCAACUUGAUUGGUUUUUGUGCCGAAGGAGACCAUCGUCUUCUUGUCUAUGAAUACAUGCCUUUGGGUUCCUUGGAAGAUCACCUUUUUGAUGUGACUCCGCAUAUGGAGCCUCUUGACUGGAAUACAAGAAUGAAGAUAGCAGCGGGUGCAGCCAGAGGAUUGGAUUCUCUGCAUUCUGCAAAUCCCCCCGUCAUAUACAGAGACUUGAAAGCGUCUAACAUAUUAUUAGAGGAUGGUUUUAAUCCAAAACUCUCUGAUUUUGGACUUGCUAAAUUUGGCCCAGUUGGUGAUAAGUCCUAUGUCUCCACCCGGGUCAUGGGUACCUAUGGUUACUGUGCUCCUGAAUAUGCAUCAUCUGGAAGGUUGACCAUAAAGACUGAUAUCUACAGUUAUGGAAUUGUUUUGUUAGAGCUCAUCACUGGACAUAGAGCACUAGACGAGGUUAACGGUCAUCAAGAAUAUCUUGUUAACUGGGCGCUUCCCUUGAUGAAAGACCACAACUUUUCAAGAUUAGCAGAUCCAAUGCUGGAAGGCAAGUACUCAAUGUCUGUCUUAAAGAAGGUUUUAGAAGUGGCAUCAAUGUGUCUCGGUGAAAAUGCCAACUCACGCCCUUCCUCGAGUGAAUUGGCUCAAGCCAUGGAUUACUUGUUCUCUCGUAAAAAUGAAUCAAAGAAGGUAAAGAAUGACUGUGCCAAAUGGCCAGAGAUUGACUUCUCCCCAAGUGACACAAAAAUGAUAUUAGACAAGGAUUUAGAUCGGGACCGUGCUGUGGCAGAGGCCAAGGUGUGGGGAGUGAAAUGGAGAGAAAGGCGAGAACAAAUUCAGCGAAGUAUUUCUGAUGAAGACAAGAGGUAGGAGGAACCUAGUACUAAGAAACGUCCCCUCCCUCAAAGAAGAUUUUGACUAUUUAACUUAGUUUAUAAACCAGGAGUUUAAGAUCCUUGCCUGUAGUCUAUUCCUUUGCCUUAUUUAGAGGCUAAUUCUUUGUUUUACCCUCUCUACUUGGGUGAAUAAAAUUCAGAGUGGACAAUAAAUUUGAAGGCAUUUCAAAUUGGCCGGCUUGUCAAAGUAUGGCAGAAGCUGAUUGAUUCAUGGUAAGCUUGGCUUUUCGCAAAGAACUUGCGGUUUGGCAUAAUUUGCCGGUUGAUUUUUUUAUUUUUUAUCUUUAUCAUCUUGGAAAUGCAGUAUAUGCCAUAUAAUUAUGGUGGUUAGUGUAUUGACAGUUUAACGAAGUUUACGUUUAAUUCCCCUUUCAUA